ACUUACGGCGAAAUCAUGACCUGAGCUGGAGUCAGAUGCUUGACCGACUGAGCCACGCAGGCGUCCCCUCCACGACAUUCUGGUUUAGAAAAGGAGAGCUGGAGAGCAAGGGCAGAGUCCCGGCGAGAGGAUUCACAGGAGCCGGGGACAUGGGUCCGGCCUGGCCUCCAGCUGAGCGAGAACACACGACUCCAGGGCAGUGAGGACCCCUGCCCCUGCCCAGACCCGGACCCACCUGAGCUGCCCAUCCGCUGGCCCAGAGCUGACCCAGAGAUGGUGCUGACCAUGGUGCUGCUCCCCAUUGCCCUGCUGGGUCCCUUCUGGGGGCCUGGCAGGGUGGGAGCCCAAGAGACCAUCCCGCUGCAGACUCUGAGCUGCUAUAAUGACUACAAGAGCCACAUCACCUGCAGGUGGGCGGACACUCUCGAGGCCCAGCAGCUCGUCAACCUGACCCUCUUCCGACGUCUGAAUGAGGACCCUCCGAAGCCGGUGUCCUGCGACCCCAGCAAGGACGCGAACUCGUUGAGCGGCACCUGCCCGGGCUGCGUGCCCAGAAGAUGCGUCAUUCCCUACAACAUUUUUGUUAUCGCAGACCAAGACUACUUCUCAUUCCGACCAGACAGGCCUCUGGGCACCCAGCUCACCGUUACUCUGGACCAGAAUGUCCAGGCCCCUGCACCCAAGGACCUGCAGAUCACUCCUACCGGGGACCGUUUCCUGCUGACCUGGAGUGUGGCCCCUCCCGGUUCCCAGAGCCACUGGCUCUCAAACCUGGAGUUUGAGGUUGUCUACAAGCGGCUUCAGGACUCCUGGGAGGAUGCUCCCACCCUCUACUGCAACUCCUCCCAGGCUGUCCUGGGGCCAGAGCACCUCAUUCCCAGCAGCACCUAUGUGGCCCGAGUGCGCACCCGCCUGGCCCCCAGCUCACGGCUCUCAGGGCGGCCCAGCCAGUGGAGCCUGGAGGUUCGCUGGGACUCCCAGACAGGGGACAAGGCCCAGCCCCAGAACCUCCAGUGCUUGUUCGACGGGGCCGCCAUGCUCAGCUGCUCCUGGGAAGUGUGGUCUCAGGUGGCCAGCUCAGUCUCCUUCACCCUCUUCUACAAGCCCAGCCCCAGUGCAAGGGAGGAGGAGUGCUCCCCGGUGCUGAAGGAACCGCUCAGCAGCCUCUUGGUCCAGCACCGGUGCCAGAUCCCCGUGCCUGACCCCAGGAACCACAGCCGGUACACCAUCUCUGUUCGGCCAAAGGAGGAAGAGAAGUUUAUAAAGAGCUCAGACCACAUCCAGAUGCCCCCCCCAACACUCAACGUGACCAAGAGCAGCGACGGCUACACCCUGGGCUGGGUAGAAGAGGAGAUGUUCUACAAACACAUAGGUCACACGUUCCAGAUCCAGUACAAGAAAGACGCAGACUUAUGGGAGGAGAGCAAGACGGUGACCCUUGAGAACGCCCACGUCAUGCCACUGCCACCUCUGGAGCCUGUCACCAAGUACAAGGCGAGAGUGAGGGUCAGGCCCACCCCUCGCGGCUACAACGGGGUCUGGAGCGAGUGGAGUGAGGAGUGCUCCUGGGACACUGAAUGGGUGCUGCCCGUGUGGGUCUUGGCUCUCAUCCUGGUCUUCACCACGCUGGCCUUGCUCCCUGUCCUGCGCUUUUGUGGAAUCUAUGGGUACAGGCUGAACCGGAAGUGGGAGGAGAAAAUCCCCAACCCCAGCAAGAGCCACCUGUUCCAGAACGGGAGUGCUGGGCUCAGGCUCCCAGGAAGUAUCCGGGCACUGACCAUCAGGAGCUCCCUGCACAAGGGGCCAAGAGGCUGCUACGUCCCCGAGCUGGAGGGGGUGUUUUCUGCAGACUCCAGGCACAGCGAGGUGUCACCUCUCACCACAGAGGACCCGAAGGAUGGGCAUGAAUCACCAUGUGAGCCUGACACAGCUCCGGCCACUUUGGACCUGUGCACGGAGCAGCCCCCCAGCCCCCAGCCAGGCCCAUCAGCCCCCGCGAGCAGGCCCGAGAGCCAGGUCUCUGGCUUUGACUUCAAUGGCCCCUACCUGGGGCUACCCCGCAGCCGCUCCCUGCCUGACGUGGCGGGCCCGCUGGAGUCCCCGAAGAGAGGCGGGGGCCAGAAGCCACAGCCCCCAGGGUCCCUGGAGUACCUGUGUCUUCCCGCGGGAGGACAGGUCCAGUUGGUCCCACUGGCUCAGGUGAUGGAACAGGACCGGGCCAAGGAUUUGGAGAGGACCCUCAGCCCGGGGGCUGAAGAGAACCCUUCCCUGGAGUCCGGGGCUGGCCUUGCCUCUGCUGCUCACAGGUCAAUGGUGGGCGGUCAAGACCCAAAGGACAGGGCCCUCACAGCUCUGCCCAUGGGCUCGGGGGGGCCCAAGGAUGGGGUUACGGCCUCUGGUUAUGUCACCACCGUAGACCUGGCUCUUCCCUUGCCCACAGGGCUGCCAUCUGUCUGCAAGGUCCACCCUCUGGGCCUGCCCUCCAACCAGAGCCCCAACCUCAGUCUUGGACCAGCUGGUGGGCCCUGUGGCAUCCCAGCCCCCAUGAGGCCAGAAAUCGAGGCCUAUGUGGACAUCCCUCCAACCCCAGGCCAGUCUCCCAAGUCCCCUCUGGGCAGUCCUGCCCCUCCUGCAGCCAGCAGCCCCACCCUGAGCCCAGGGGAGCCCAGAGUGGAGGUGGCCCCUGUCUCCCCGCACCCUGAGGGGCUCCUGGUCCUGCAACAGGUGGGCGACUACUGCUUCCUGCCUGGCCUGGGACCUGGCCCUCUCUCACCCCAGACGAAGCCCUCUUCCCCAGGUCCCUGUUCUGAGACCAGGGACCACAACCACGUCUUCCAGCCCAAGAAGGCCCUGUGCCCAGCCAUUCCCCAGAUGCCAGCCGUCCGGCAUUUCAAAGCCUUAAAGCAGCAGGACUACCUGUCGCUGCCUCCCUGGGAUAUCGGCAGGCCUGGGGAGGUGUGCUGAGCCCCUUCAGGUCCCGGGGGUCCCCAGGAAGUCCACCUGCCCACCCCCCGCCCCUCCCAGAGUCACCUCCAUGUUGGAGCAGGUGGAAACUCGGAACUUAGUCAACCUCCUACCUUCUCACUUGGCCUUCGGCCAAUUAAUUCUCCUUUCCCCGCCGUCUCCCGAUCUCUCUCACAGACACACACACAUGCACAUUCUUCUGUCAUGUGAAUUUCAUGUUAAGCUCCAAAGUAUUGGCGCUUUCUGUAUACUCAUUCCAUUUGCCCACUUUUUUUUUUUUAACCAGAUUUCCUUGCUUUUGUCCCUGUCUUCCUUCUCUUUCCAGUGACUUAUCAUUCGAGGGAGUUUGAGGUCCAGGCUUUGCCCGUCCGGAGAGGACACAUCUCGGUCAGAGCCUGUUCUGACUCGGACAUGUCCGGUCCGGUGGUGUUAAGGGCUUGGGUCUGCAGCCUGGUCCUGGCAGGGGCGAAUGCAUGGGGAGGGAAGAGACCCCUGGGGAGGGUGCUGGGGGAGGGGUGAAGGCUUGGAAGAGCAGGGCAGCCCAGGCACUAGGGCAAAUUACCAUUGACAACGACGAGGGUCACUCCAAGCAAUGGGGCAGGAGAGCAGCUGCUCUGAGCCUGCGGAGCCCCUGCCGGUCCCCCCGCUGUGACCAGGAAGGUCGGGACUGCAGGCCACCCGAGCCUGAGUGAGCAGUGUGCCUGCAGCACGGGCGUCCCUUCUACACCGGCUGGUGGGCAGAAAUUCGGAAGCAGAGGGGACUCCCAAACCCACAUGCACUCUAGAAAUGUUGGAAAGAACGGCUCGGCAAAGGAAAAUAGGAAACUGGUCAAAGGCCUGUGCACUUUGGGGCUAGCAGUCGACGUGGCCCUCCCCCCUCCCUCCAGAACGACCUUACAGCCCCCUCCCUGCCGGCCAUGAACAAGGGGCUUUUGAUCUAUGUCUGGGCCUCCACGGGGGAUUGUGGUUUCUUAAAAUCCUUGCCUUUCUGAUAUGCAAAAAAAAAAAAAGUCAUUAGAUCACUUAUAUUGGCAUUAUUCGGUAACUGUCUGGUUGCACGUGUUUUCAUCUUUCUUGGGCAUUCUUUUUUUUUUUUUUUCUUUUACUGGGCUAAAGCCCUUUAAGGACCUCCUUCUGUUGGAUGUUCAUCUUUUUUCUGAUUAAGUUUUUUAAAACUGUUUACACAGGCUCGCUCACGGAUGGUGCACAUUCCCCGCCCCCUAGUUUGUAGUGUGGCUUUUCACUUCAUGUAUGAGGUUCCUCGACUUUUUUACAUUUCGGGUAGAUUUCCCAGCUCUGCUUUCCACGUCAGAUUUACAAAGGGCUUCCCCACUUGGAAACCACAUUCAUCCUCAUUUAGAGUUUCACUAGUACUUCUUGUGCUUCAAGCUUGGUGUGUCAAAUCGUAAUGAGUUUGGAAGGGAUGUGCCUAAGGCCUGUUUGUUUUCGCCGUAAGAGUGGCCAGGGUGUUUCUUCAUCAUUUGCUGCCACACCCAUUCUCCGUCCCUCCGAGCGAGCGAAAUGCCACUUUUACAAUCUAGAAAGCCCCUGAUACUCUUCAUGGGUUUCUAGACUUUCAAGGUUCUUAUCUCCCAUUGUUGUCUGAAUGGCAUCCCACUGUUCUGAAUGUUCUAGCUUUAUACUGUUGUUGUUUUUUUUUUUUUAACAAGCGGCCAACCCAAUGUUCUUGCUACUUUUGUUCCCAAAUCCCUGUUCGUUACAUCAGUGUUUGUGGUCAGGGGAAAAGGUAUUCUCAACAAUGUAUAUAAUCCACUAAUAGUGAAAUUAAUCACAGCACUUCAGAAUAUUCUAAGGUAGAAUCCUGUUUUACCGAGGAAUACAGCAGUCCGUCCUACAUGGAUGAGAAAGAAGUCCAAGAUGGGAAGUUUGAGAUGCUUAGAUAUUGUUAGCGGAAAACAAAAAUCACAAUAAAAUAUUUUCAUGGUAAACUGAAACCAAAA